UCAUUUUAUGCUUUAUGUUUUCAAGUGAGAAGAGAAGCUACAGCAGGGAAUUCUACUUCAAACGUGCCCGCUCAGCACCACGAUGUCUGGAAAGGAUAAAGGCGGUGCUGAAGGUGGUGCUGAUUCCUACAUUUCCUGCCACAUCGACUCAGAGUUUCGCUACAACCUCUUCACUGUUUUCUACAGCAUCAUCUUCAUCCUGGGCUUUGCUGCCAACUGCUACGUGCUCUGGAUUUUCAGCCGCAUUUACCCCACCAAGAAACUCAAUGAGAUCAAGAUAUUCAUGGUGAACCUGACAGUAGCUGACCUGCUCUUCUUGGUUACGAUGCCAAUGUGGAUUGUUUACUAUCACCACCAUGGAGACUGGAUCAUGCCCGAGUUCCUGUGUAACGUGGCUGGCACUCUAUUUUUUGUGAACACCUACUCUUCUGUUGCCUUCCUGAUGGUCAUCACAUACAACCGGUACCAAGCUGUGACUAACCCCAUUAAAGCUGCUCAGUUUACCACCCAGAGAAGGGGGAUCUACUUAUCAGCAGCUAUCUGGAUUAUAAUCGUGGGCAGCUCUUUGUAUUACCUUUUUGACAACAAUACUAACCAGGAGGAGAUCAAUUCUAGGAAUUUCACGCGGUGCUUUGAGCGCUAUGACUCUUCUGGCAGCGUUUCAGCUGUUCUCGCCAUCCACGUCAUCAUCUGCAUCCUCUUCUAUAUCAUUUUCAUCUUUAUACUAGGCUGGAACAUCACCAUCAUCAGGACCCUGUUCUCCAAACCAACGCAGCCACGGAAGAGUGCUCAUGUCAAGCAAAGGGCACUCUGGAUGGUGUGCACAGUGCUAGCUGUGUUCAUCAUCAGCUUUGUACCUCAUCACCUGGUGCAUCUGCCCUGGACCCUGACUGUUCUGGAGCAGUGGAAGAGAGAAAACUGCCAGUUGCGCCAACAACUCAAUGAUGCUCACCAGGUGACUUUGUGCCUCUUGAGUACAAACUGUGUGUUGGACCCUAUCAUUUACUGCUUCCUCACCAAGAAGUUCCAGAAGCAUCUUUCAGAAAAACUGAAAAGCAUGAAAGGGAGUCGCAAGUGCUCCAGGCAAACCACAGACACAGUGAUUGAGGGCACCAUUCACCAGGAGGAUGCCAUUAGGAUCUAGCUCAGCCCCGUUCCGACUGCAGAUUGAGGUGUGUGUGUUAGUCACACAUCUUUUCUCAAGGAGAGGCACUGAGGGACCCAGCAGAGCACCAGGAUCUUACAUUUCCUUUUUCCCAUUAGACAGAAGAAUGAUGCUCAUUUCUUCUAUCACAUGCAACUGGCAGAACUGGAGCCUGUAGCAGUCUGGCAGAAAAGCACCUUCUGUCUGGGCUGAUGUCCUCAUGGGCACCCAGAACAGUUCAGAUGGUCUGCUUUUAUGUGAAAGUAAUGUGUCACCAGGUCUGU